AUGACUGAUCCUUUAGAAGCUGAAUUAGAGGCAAAUAACACAAUCCCUAUCCAAACCAUUGCGUCAAUUAACUAUGAAGUAGGAAAAGAAGUUGAACAGAGCCAGAAGAUAAAUGAAGAAGAAGAAGGCCAGGAAGCAAAAGAAGAGUCAAAAGUGGUAGAAAAGAGCCUAGAAAUCUCUGAAAUCUCGCUACCUUUGGAGAAUACUCACUUGCAAGAGCUCACCUUAAAGAGAAGUGAAGAAGAUAGGCUAAAUUCUGCCAACACGAAGCCAGUGGAACUAGAUGUGGAAUUCUUAUAUUAUGGGAUGGAAAAGUAUGGACAUGAGAGAAAUUCCCAGAAAGUGAUAGAGGCAGUAAUGCAGUCUGUUGCAGAAGAAAAGGGAUCUUCCAAUCCACUCUGUUCACAUUAUCAUGGAGGUGUACAUGAUGAAAAACCUAUUGCACGUCGCACGCAUUUCUCAAUAAGUCCUACUACCAAAAGUAGGUCCAUAGGGAGUCCUAUCAGUCAUGAUCAAAGAAUAAUUGACGAGUGCACAUCUGGGAGGGAUUUCAUUGUUAGUAGUUCCAUACCUCAAUCCAAAAGUGUGUCACACCUCCUCAAUAUGAAAAUAGAGAAACCAACUGAUGCACAGAAGAGGAUACCUGGGAAUGAUAAAUGUGCUAAUUAUGGUGCUCCUGAUCCAGACUGGGCUUCUUUGAAUCUUGGUAUUCUUAUAUGCAUUGAAUGUUCUAGCAUUCACCGUAAACUUGGUGUACAUAUAUCAAAGUGUACAUCUCAGGGUCGAGGAGGAACCCAGCCUAGUUCUUCAGUUUUAGUUAGAGGACCAACGCCGCCGGUCAGAGGUCGAGGUAGAGCCCAGACUAGUAGAGGUAGUCGCACUCCUAGUAGGGGUACUGGUGGUGUUAUAGUCCCUCAGGGAGGAGGUAGAGGUGUUGGGAAGUAUGCACAAAAAAGUUUUAUUCACAAAGUGGCAGACAGUAGGCAUCUGCUUUCUGUGGCACAACAGCUGUUGGAAGGUGUCCGUAAAAAUGACAAGAAAAUUGUAUACCGUCUCAUUGUUGCCUAUCAAGCAGAUGUUAAUGCAGUUUACGGGCAAGCAUCACUUGGCAGUGAUAGUGCAAACUCUUUGAACCCACAAAAUGGAAGUGAAGACUGUUCCUCUGAUGAAUUUCUUGAUGGUUGUUACCAAACUGCUGAUAUUGGCAUGGUGGAGCUUCUUCUGCAGCAUGGGGGGGAUCCACAAGCAGUUGAUAAGGAAGGAAAGAACCCUUUCCACCUUGUCGAGGAAUCAGCCCUCGAUGAUGUGGAGAUUAUUGCCCGGCUGAAAGUUGCAAUAGGAUAG